AUGAGCAUUGCAUUGCUCCCGGACGAGCUAUUGCUCGAGAUAUUUCAUGUCGCUUUCGAGCAAUCCUGCACCAAGAAUGCUACUUCGCCUCAUAUACAGGACCAACGCCCUCUAAGGCUCACGCUCACCUUAUCCCAAGUCGACACCAGGUGGAAACAGAUCUGCUUGGGUACUCAGAAGUUCUGGAGCGAAAUUGACAUCACCGUCGACCGACCAAUCGGCUACAAACUACCGUAUCUCCGAUACCUUUUGAGAAGAGCUUGGACUUUACCCAUCAGUUUCACGUUCUGGAUGAAAAACUCCGACACGAGAUGGACCUCGGACUCUACGAACCUAAACAUGACACGGUGUAUACAAUGCGUAAAGAGAAUCGAUCAAGUCCGCAUACACUGGACCAACUUUACGCAGUUUCAAUCAGACUUCUUACCCUAUAUGGACGAAAAGUUCCCCAGCGGUCUGGUGAUUCGAAAACUCACAGGGCCACCGGAACAUGAUGCUCUCUUUCGAGCACCAGAUCCCUUCCAAUGCGGCAUAUGGACGACGUCGUGCAGCAUAGGUGCCGAUACAGACCGUAUCUUUGAUGUAUUCUCGCCACCUGGUCUCCAGCGGCUCAUCCUCGACGGUGUCUUUUUACCGAACCCGGUGCCUACCAACCAGAUACCGUUGGAAGGCCUCCGCGAGUUUCGAGUGAGACAGUAUCACAUGGAACCGACGAAUGUCAAGGUCAUCUGGGACGUAAUGAAGCGCGCACCGAAUCUAGAGAUCCUUGAUGCACAUGCGGCCUUCUUCCGAAAGGACACUCCGACGGAGCCUGUAUGGGAUCCAGAAUGGGCUCUACCACCUCUCAAGGAACUUUACCUCUCCUCCUUCACCGCCAUAUCCCUCUUCUUUCAGCCUUAUACUCCCAAGUUUCCACAACUACGGGUCCUUGAGCUCGAAGGAGCUUAUAUCGAGGAGAAGCAAGUAAUCGAACAGUUUAUAGCUGGAUGCUCCGGCCUCGAGCGCCUCAAGGUUCCCCCCUAUAGCGACGACUCGGAUCUAUAA